ACAUCCGAGCAGGAACUUUCCAGCAUGAACUGGGAAUCUCUAGAUAGCCAGCCUCGCUUAUGCGAACCAGUGAGAAAUAUUUUAUUCUUGAAGACACACAAAACAGGCUCCAGUACUAUCACAAACAUCUUGAACCGCUAUGGUGACAAAAAUGAUUUGAUAAUCACCCUUCCUGUCAAGAGCUUCUUAUUCCAUUGGCCAUCGUCAUUUCGUCUCUCGUUUGUAGAAUCCACUUAUGGUAGACCACCGAACAUCCUCUGCAAUCAUGCCAGGUACAACAAAGUUCCCAUGAACUGGCUUUUUCCAAAAGAAACAUCACGCUACAUUACAAUUUUAAGAGAUCCAGUCAUGCAAUUCGAAUCUGUUUUUAAUUUUUUUCAUCUGUGGUAUCAUUUUGAUGGCUUACAAAAAGCACGUUUUAAGUUGGAAGCUUUCCUGGAUAAUUCUACAUUAUAUUUCGAUCAAGUUAAAGAAAAGGUUGGUAGAUAUAUAACCUUAAACUUAAUCAAGAACCCUACGUUAUUCGAUUUAGGACUUGACACAGAUUUCUACGAAAAUCUAACUGCGGUGCGCGAUUACAUCCGAUUUGUCGCACAAGAGUUUGACAUAGUUAUGCUCAUGGAAUACUUCGACGAGUCUUUAGUUCUUCUAAAACGACGUUUCUGCUGGAAAUUCGAGGACAUUUUGUAUUUCAAACUCAACGAGAGAGGGGAGCAGCACGUUCGUAAUAAAGACCUUUCCAAAAAGGUCAGAGAACAGAUUAAGAAGUGGAACGCUGGGGAUGUAUUAUUGUAUGACUACUUCAACAAAACGCUGUGGAGAAUGAUAGGCGACGAAGGUCCAGAAUUCUACCGCGAUCUUUCCAUCUUCCAGCAAAAGUUAAAAGCCGUAAAGAGUGCUUGUGUGCAAGAAUAUAACGUUCUCACUCCGUUAAUUCCCGGAAAGAGAAUUUUUGUUCAUGGUUAUGCUUUGAGAACUAAUAUUUCCAAAGAGCUAUACAAAACUUGCUAUAAGAUGACCUUGAAUGAGGCUCCAUUUAUGACUUAUCAUCGUAAAAAGAAGACGAAAAACUUUGAAGCUAUUGACAAUUCUGUAAAUAAACCAUAGUAUGCUAUACA